GCUGUCAGUGGAGACUGCGAGCAGGGAAAGCCCUCAGACAGUAACUACAGUGUCUCCGGUGAACAGCGACGCCCCGCACUCUGCUGGCUCCACACCAAAGGCAGCGUCUCUAGACGGACUGGACAAAACAACAACAACAACAACAACAACAACAUCACCACCACACCACCACACACUUCCACACAGCUGGACCGAAGCCGCAGCGUCGCUCUGUUCGCGAGGGGAGGACAUGGCUGAUGUUAAUUCAAACGAUUCGUCCACCGCCGACGUGGCCAACAGGUUCGCUCGAAAAGGUGCUCUGAGGCAAAAGAACGUCCACGAAGUGAAGAACCACAAAUUCACAGCGCGGUUCUUCAAGCAGCCGACUUUCUGCAGCCACUGCACCGACUUCAUCUGGGGGUUUGGGAAACAAGGAUUCCAGUGCCAAGUUUGCUGUUUUGUGGUCCACAAGAGGUGCCAUGAAUUAGUCACAUUCUGCUGCCCAGGGGCAGAUAAGGGGCCCGACACGGACGAUCCCAGAACGAAGCACAAGUUCAAGAUCCACACUUAUGGGAGCCCCACCUUCUGUGACCACUGUGGCUCUCUCCUUUAUGGCCUCAUCCACCAGGGCAUGAAGUGUGACUCCUGCGACAUGAACGUCCACAAUCAGUGCGUCAUGAACGUGCCCAGCCUGUGUGGAACUGAUUACACCGAACGGAGGGGGCGUCUUUUCCUCAAAUGUGAGGUCACGGUGGACAAGCUGCUGGUCACAGUGAGUGAGGGCAAAAACCUGAUCCCCAUGGACCCCAAUGGCCUCUCUGAUCCGUACGUCAAGCUCAAGCUCGUACCAGACCCCAAGAAUGAGACCAAGCAGAAGACCAAAACCAUUCGCUCCAACCUCAACCCCAAAUGGAACGAGACCUUUAGCUUCAAGCUGAAGCCGACUGACAAGGACCGCAGGCUGUCGGUGGAGGUGUGGGACUGGGACCGGACCACUAGGAACGACUUCAUGGGGGCCCUCUCCUUCGGCGUAUCGGAGCUGAUGAAGGCGCCAGUCUGUGGCUGGUAUAAACUGUUGUGCCAGGAGGAAGGGGAGUACUACAAUGUUCCCAUCUCGGAGGAGGACGACGGGAAUGAGGAACUCAGGGAGAAAUUUGAGAAAGCCAAGCUGGGCCCGGGUAAGAAGGGGAUCACAGAGGCGGACGGCAGCCAGUCCAUCCAGCCGCCCUUCGUCAGCCUGAACGAAGUCAAACUCAGCGACUUCUCCUUCCUGGCUGUGCUCGGGAAAGGGAGCUUCGGGAAGGUCAUGCUGGCGGAGAUGAAGGCCACAGAAGAGCUGUACGCAAUAAAGAUCCUGAAGAAGGACGUGGUGAUCCAGGACGAUGACGUGGAAUGUACCAUGGUGGAGAAGAGAGUCCUGGCGCAACAGGACAAGCCCCCCUUCCUCACACAACUGCACUCGUGCUUCCAGACUGUGGACCGUCUGUACUUUGUCAUGGAGUACGUGAAUGGCGGAGACCUCAUGUACCACAUCCAACAAGUUGGCAAGUUCAAGGAACCUCAGGCAGUGUUCUAUGCCGCAGAGAUCGCUGCUGGUCUCUUCUUCCUGCACAUUAAAGGAGUCAUCUACAGGGAUCUGAAGUUGGACAAUGUGAUGCUGGACUCGGAGGGACACAUUAAAAUUGCUGACUUUGGCAUGUGUAAAGAGAACAUGGCCGAGGGAGUGACCACACGCACCUUCUGCGGCACUCCCGACUACAUAGCCCCAGAGAUCAUUGCAUAUCAGCCGUACGGACUCUCUGUAGACUGGUGGGCAUACGGAGUUCUGCUCUACGAAAUGCUGGCCGGACAGCCUCCAUUUGAUGGCGAGGAUGAAGACGAGCUGUUCCAGUCCAUUAUGGAGCACAACGUGUCCUACCCAAAGUCCAUGUCCAAAGAAGCUGUCUCCAUCUGCAAAGGGCUGAUGACCAACACCAUCCAAGCGUCUGGCUGCGGCCUGAGGCGAGCGGACAUCAGAGACACGCCUCUCAGACGCAUCGACUGGGAGCGUCAGAACAGGGAGAUCCAGCCGCCCUUCAAGCCCAAAGUGUGCGGCAAAGGAGCAGAGAACUUCGACAAGUUCUUCACGCGCACUCAGCCGCAGCUCACACCGCCAGAUGAGCUGGUCAUCGCCAACAUCGACCAGGCCGAGUUUGCAGGGUUCUCUUUCAUCAACCCACAGUUUGUGAACCCGGUGCUCGUUAACAGCCUAUGAGAGGGAUGAGGAAACCUCCCCGAAGAGCCUCUCUGCCGCCCACUUAAAGCAUCUGCCAACCUGACAUCCGACCACAACUUGAUCUAGGACCCGCUAGGAGUCUUUAUGUAUUGGUUUUAUUUUAAGCAGCGUUCUAGGGCAUGCAUAUUAUAGAGUAUUUUCAUUAUAAUAGGUUUCUUUUGUGUAACAAUGAGCAGGAUGUCUUCCUUUACUCUUUUCCAGUUGUAUCGAAGGUUUGCCACGACGGAUGGGAAGCUUUAUUUACCCAUUAAUCCAUGCCUAUAUGUGGUGUGAAAAAGGUACUAUUAAAGGGGCAUUCAGCAACGAUACCAUUUAAGGCAUGGAUUAAGUGAUUCUGGAAAAGAGAUUCAUACCUACAAAUCUCAACGGAUAAACAUUAUGUUCAACAGAUCCAGCUUGUGGGUCACAGUUUGUUUCCAUAAUCAUACCAAUGCAUAUGUUGUGUGGUGACCUGAAACACACUGGCCAAAUAUGAAGGAGAGGUGGUGCAGGCGUUGAAACAGCACCUCGUGAGUCAAUGUUCCCUGCAUCAUGUUUACAGUUUUCUUCCCCUUGGAUCUUAUGGUGACGCUAUAAAAUUAGUACAAUUUGAUCUCCGCCAGUAUGAAAUCAACUAAAACAACAGACAGGUAAUUGGAUGACGGGCUGCUUGUCACAAUAACAAUGUGUGAGACACUUUGGUAUGAAAGUGUAUCAGCGUGGCUUCCAAGUCCCAGUUUGUUGGGCAGUGUGACCUGCUUUUAGUAACAAUUCACAUCUAUUUUCUAGCCCUUAAUUAAGCUGCAGAUUGUAUACUUACUUCCCUUGUCAAUAAUUUAGUGGGCACUAUGUGAACACACAGUAAUCAUUUUAGUAUGUGGGCAGUGGCAGAACAUUAUUAUAUCUUGACUUUAGGAAAAAUAUCAAAGCUAAAACGUUUACAGUUUGUAAUGUUUUAACCAAUGUCUGUUUACUUUGCUAUGCCUGUGAUUUCAAUUGGUCAUAUACGUCCCAACAGAAGCAGUAAAUUUGAUUUUUUUAAAUAUUAUAUGAUAUAAUUGUGUAUUAACCGUCCAAUGUUAUCUUUCAUACAGUAUCAUGUGAAGAUGAAACACAUUUCCUAGGUUUCUUAGUAACUUAAACUGCAAAUCAAAAGGAGCAUUUCUUCUAAAAAAAAAACGCUUUGUUGUCCUGGAAACAAACUCAUCCUUCAUUACGAGUGUGUCAGCACAAUCCUCAUUAGUGAAAUCAUCGGUUUGCAUUUGUGUUCAUUUCUUUCAAUGUCUUUGGAAGAAGAUUUGUUCUAACUCCCCUCCUUUUUGGUGAACUCAUACUUAUUUUUUCCAUUAGAUCAGAUAGUCAUUGUGUCAGAACUCAACCACUAAAAUAACCAUGAAUUAUUUUAAGAGUACAGGAAGUUUUUAGUUUUUAUACACCUGAAUGUGUUUUAAAUUCAAUAUUUGUAUGUGGAGACAAAUGAAACAACUAAGAAAUUAACCCAGUACUGAUCAACCUGAUGUCUUUAACAGACAUUUCUAUGUUCUUUAUUCACAUUCAAUGAUUUUGACUGCAAAUUGUGUGUUAAUUGGAUGCGUGUCUGGCUGUUGACCGUCCCUCUGUAUCUGCAUGGUUCAUGCACGUGAUUGGCUCAAGACCGCAUGCUACAAAGUAUAAAAGCCCAGAGAGUUAUGGAAGCUUUUCAGGAAGCUAUGAAGUGUCAAAGGGAAGCACAGCGUUCUAUUCUCAGAAGACAUAUUUUUCAACACAAAGCAACUUAAGAGUGCUGAUUUUAGACCAGCUAGACUCUUUAAGAGACGAUUGCCGGAUGUGGUAACCACAAAUCAAAAAUCGAGUGUCGAUCACACGCACUUGCAACAGUAUUGAAACACAAAAAUCCCACCAGAAAUGUGUGAAAAACAACAGCCAAUUUUUACAAAAUAAUACAGAUUGCUUACGAACAUGAGAGUUUAUUAAUCUCAAGAGAAACUAAUAUCAAAGCUACUUUUUAAAACACGUUCCUGAGACGAGGUCCAUGGUUCCAGUAGUCUGUUCUGUGGAACCUUACGGCCUUGGUCCCUGCUUCCUCUUUAGGGCGAUACGGAACAUUGAAUCCAGAUCAGUGGAGAGUUGUGACAGCUCGUCGAUAGACCAGCGGGACCACGCACUCUUUUGUGUCUCAUGAAUGGAUUUUUCUUGUAAUAAUCACGUUGUGUUGUAAAAUGUUAUGUUCGUUUGUAUGUUUCCUUUUGCUGUUUGUUGUCGCAGUCGGUGUUGUUGGUUUUAUUUCUCCGGCUUCAGCUUAGAAAUUCUGGGAUGUUUCAAAUCACAUUAUAAAACCCACAUCUAACUUAAACAGAUAGGCAUAAGACUUUUGAAAUGUUUGUACAUUUUUUCUUUCGAUGUGUUUCUAAGAGUCGAUCUCUCCUACCGUGUUUCCUAUGGUAUAUAUUUAACCCCUUGCAUGUGCCAAACCUGGAGAUUGCCAGAACCUGUCAGUAGCAGCGUUGCACUAGCUGUAGUCAUUUGGAUGACUUCUUCUCCGACGCACGUCCUUGUGCAGGCUGAGACCUGCUUGAAGCUACACCUGCUGUACACUCUGUUGGCCACAUAACAUAUAGCAUGCUGCCAUGAGUAUACCAGUGCACAUUGUGUCAGUACGCUUUACAAUUCCAGUCAGUUUAAUAAACGACAUCAUGCACGGUACUAGAUUUUCCUGCCUCUCUAGCCUCGGGCAGAAUUGUGUCUGAAAAACACAUUGCAACUAGUGGAAUAUUGGAUUUAACACCGAAGUGAGAGAGAAAUAUUCCAUGUAGAUCCUCAACAGUCUUGCCUGAGCCUAUCUUGCACCUCUGAAUGGGCCGAAUGAAUAGAGCCAUCCCUUCAAUAGAAUGUCUGAGUACUUACUUUCCAAACUUAAUGUUUUCAAAAAAGCUACAGUCAAUGUGAGCAUUAAAAAAACAAUGACUUGCUCUUCCCUUGUGUGCCUUUCCCAACUUGAACAGAUAAACCUUUCAUUCUUCUUAAUCGUCAUUGUCCUUGCUCUGAUCUAAACUCUCAACUUAAUAUUUACGCAAUACCUCUACCCUACUUACUAUAUGGCCUAAAAACAGGCCGCGUUCAGUUUUUACGUCAGCCAUAUCUCUCACAUGAAUGAGUGUGAAUAAAAGCGAGUGAGGAAAAACUAUGUACGCUCGGUUCAACCCAACGCUCCAUCAUCUGGUCUGUAAAACUGAAUUUUAAGCCCAUUUUGUUGACUGACGCAAAUAACCUUUAGAGCCGUAAAACUACAGCGUGACUCAUCCCCGAGUGUGCGUGCUUUACCUUUACCUCCCUGUGCCUAUCAAUGACCGGUUAAGUGAGCUAUUGAAUACAUGUUGAUCUCUGGGGGCUGAAGGAACAAUGUACCGGUGAUGGAUCGGAUUUAGUUGAAUAAAUGAGCAAAAGGAUGGAUGAUGAUGGCUUGUUUGGAGGAUGACCCCUGUGCCUCGUCGCGUUGAACUGCCCCUCCUCCGUCUUCUCUUCACCUCGUGUAAUCCACCUGUUCCUCUAUUCCUCAGUGCCUGGUGCCCGGUCAAUCCAUCAUUUUAGUCCACAGCGUCCUCCUCUUCUCACCCUUUAAACAACAUCAGGUCGGGAAAACUAUUUGAGCUAUUCCAUCCACGCUGUUCAGCAUCAGUCCCCCGCAUCCUCCUCUAUGAUUGUUCCCCAAAUCCACCACGAGGAAGGAGUUGGCCAAAUGUAUUUGGGGUUUUAAUUUGUUUACAUUCUAUUUGAUGCCCUUACCUUUGUGUUAUUCAUUUAAUCAAUUAGGAUGGCCAGAGGAUAAUGAAUUCACUUGUUAAAUGUAAAGAUUUGAUCUUUAAUUGGAGGUCUGGUAUGAUUUGUUGUUUUUUUCCUUUUAGGAUCCCAAAUGCUUUUGAUGAGGCAUGUAUAAUGUUUUUCUCCUUUUUGUUAUUCGCCAUUGCUCUCCGCUGUGUUCUGUUUGCUGUGAAAUGAACGAGUUGAGGUGAGCUGCCAUCUUUUGGGCCGAACAGAGCACAGGAUCAACGAUGUGCUGCCUUAUCCCUCAACGCAUACAGCAACAUGGUCUCCAACUCUCCCGUCUAGCUCAUUUAUUAUCUCAGCAUCCCUGUCCAUGUACAUAAAUGACUUACAAUAGAUACCUUCCUAGACUGUAAAACAAAGAAUAUAUUGUAUUUUGCAAAUGGUGUAUGUUUGUUUACUCCCCAUGUCAGCCUAAAACCUUUAAAACGAGUCUGAGCUAAUUACCUUGUAAUUGAUUGUGUCAUUUGUACCUAAUGUAUGAUAAUGCAAAUAAAGAAAGAAAGGAACAUUAGAAUCAUUCUUCUGAAAGUGA